UCAAUUUCACAGAGCAGAAGAAGAAAAGGCACAAGUAGAUAAGGAAGAGAGGGGGAAAGGACGCAAGGAGUUGCCAGAGGAAAGGAGCACCACUGUGGAGAAAAGAAACCAGCAGGAGGGCGUGGACCUUCCUUAAACAAGGAGACAGGAGGAAAAAAAAAAAAAAACAGGAGAGAAGACAAGAGGGACCAAAGGCGUACGAGGCAAAGCUGAGGCCUCCUGGAAGCGAAACAUAGCCUCACACUUGCUCAGCACGAGUGUGUGUGUGUGUGAGGUUGCCCUCUGUGUGUAUUUUACUGUACGUGCGUGUGAGCAGGUGGGACUUUGAUGGGACAGUGAGCAAUGCCUCACACGCAGCGACAGCAGGUUGGCAGUAGGGGGCAGUGCUCCUCCCGCCUCCUCCCCUUCCUCCUCCUCCUCCUAUCCCUUGCUGCCCGGCCCAGCCAUGCAGCCAUACACAUACCCUCCAACUACCACAUAAGUGAUCUCAAGAGGCCUCCAAUGAUCACCACGCAGCCGGAGUCUGUCACCGUCUUUAGUGUUGAAGACCUCGUCAUGAGCUGUGAAGCCUCCGGCAACCCUCCACCCAUUUUCCGAUGGACAAAGGACGGAGAGGAAUUUGAACCAGGCAGCGACCCAGAGCUGAAGGUUUCCGAGUACACUGGCUCAUUCGCAUUCUACACGCUCAGUAAUACUAUGGACACCCUGAAGCAGUACCAAGGCAAAUACGUCUGCUACGCAUCCAACGAGCUGGGGACUGCCGUCUCUAAUGAGGCCAUACUCAGCACUGAUGUUCCCCCGACCCAGCAGAAAGAAAAGAAGGUUAAUGUGAAGUCGGAAAAGGGAAGCAGUAUUGUUCUGAAGUGUAACCCCCCGCAGAGCUCUAUGGAGCCUAUCAUUCACUGGAUGGAUUGGAGGCUGCACCAUAUCCAGCUUAGUAAGCGAGUGGUGGUGGGUAAGGAUGGCAACCUAUACUUUGCCCAUUUGACAACUGAGGACAGCAGGGAGGAUUACACCUGCAACGUCCAGUACCUGGCAACACGCACCAUUCUGGCAAAAGAACCUAUCACUCUGACUGUCACCCCCUCCAACUCAGUAGUACGGAGCAAGAGGCCCCAGAUGAUGAGACCUACUGGAAGCCAUAGCGUUUACCACACCCUCAGGGGCGACACCGUGGAGCUUGAGUGCAUCGUCCAAGGCCUUCCAACUCCAGACGUGUCGUGGCUGAGGAAGGACGGCGAGAUGUCCGAAUCUCGAACUAUGAGAGAUAUGUUCGACCGCCGCCUGCGUUUUAGUAAUAUCUCAGAGAGCGACGCGGGCGAGUACCAGUGUAGAGCAAACAACUCCCAAGGAAAGCUCACACACACUUACACCGUGAUUGUGGAAGCUGCUCCUUACUGGACCAAGGAGCCAGUCAGUCAGUUAUAUGCCCCAGGUGAGACUGUCAGACUAGACUGCCAGGCAGACGGCAUCCCCACUCCCACCAUCAGCUGGACCAUCAAUGGAAUCCCCCUCUCAGAAAUAGAUAAGGACUCUAGACCUACUCUGACAGCAAGCGGAUCUCUAAUCCUCAAUGACGUCAACUUUGGAGACACCGCCAUAUACCAGUGUCGGGCCUCCAACAAGCACGGAACCAUCCUCACCAACACCAACGUUUACGUCAUCGAGCUUCCUCCACAGAUCCUUACUGAGGACAGGACCUUAUACACAUUGACAGAGGGCCAGAAGGCUUUGCUGGAGUGUGAGACCUUUGGUUCUCCUAAGCCUAAAGUCACAUGGGAGAGUGUCAGCACCUCCUCCCUUCUGGCAGAUCCUAGAGUUAAUCCACUCACCAGCGGGGGGCUUGAGAUCUUUAAUGUCACCCAUGAUGAUGAGGGCUACUACACCUGCACUGUACAGAACACCAACUUGUCAGUCAGUGCAGAACUGGAAGUACUCAACAGCACAGUGAUCCUGUCGCCACCCCAGGCUCUGAAGGUGCAGCCUGGAAACACAGCCAUCUUCACCUGUCUGGCCCAAGUUGACCCCAAACUCGGCUAUCCACUCCUUCAGUGGAGAAAGAACAAUCAGAAGCUGUUUGAGUCCGAUAGUGACGAAAAAUUCACAUUUGAAGGACCAGACCUAAUAAUAGCUAAUGUAGGACCGGAAGAUGAGGGCAUGUACACCUGUCAGGUCAUCACUAAGCUGGACAUGGCUGAAGCCAGGGGCACCCUCACUUUAUAUGAUCGUCCAGACCCUCCCCUCCUCCUGCAGAUCACUGAUCCUAAGAAUCGUGCCGUCACCCUCAACUGGACUCCUGGAGACGACAACAACAGCCCUGUGCUAGACUAUGUGGUUGAGUUUGAGGACCAAGGUUUGAAGGAAAGAGGUUGGGAGGAGCUGAAAAGAGUACGAGGGGGCGAAGAGGGUGCAAGCCUCCCCCUGUGGCCCUACAUGUCCUACCGUUUCCGGGUCAUUGCCAUCAAUGAUGUGGGCAAGAGCGACCCCAGCAAGCCAUCUGAAAUCCACAACACACCUGCUGAAGCUCCAGACAAUAACCCUGAAGAUGUCAGGAGUGAGUCCACAGACCUAGACACUCUGGUCAUCACCUGGGAGGCAAUGGACAAACGCAACUUCAAUGGACCUGACUUCAAGUACAGGGUGCUGUGGAGGCGAGCGGUGGGCAGCGGUCCCAACUGGCACAUCAACUACACGACGGCACCACCAUUCACUGUCAGUGACGUUGGCAACUUCUCUGCCUUUGAGAUCAAAGUUCAGGCUGUCAAUGAGAUGGGGGAGGGACCCGAGCCGGACCCGGUCAUUGGCUACUCAGGAGAAGAUGUUCCACUGGAGGCUCCGAUGGAUGUGGGUGUUGUACUAAUGAACAGCACUACCAUCAAAGUGACCUGGGCAGCAGUAGACAGAGAGACGGUCAGAGGACACCUGCUGGGAUACAAGAUCUACUUGACCAGAACUGGCUCCAGGGGCCAUCACAGAGGCCGGAGGGCCAAGGAGUCAGAAAGCACUGUGGUGGAGGAGACUGGGGCUAACGAGGAGAAGAAGGUGAUCAGUGAUCUCAGACCGUACUCCCACUACACCGUGGCCGUCACCGUGUUCAACAGCAAGGGAGAGGGACCUGCCUCGGAGACACUGUCCUUCAAGACUGAUGAGGGAGUUCCUGGUCCUCCCAUGUCCCUGAUGUUGGACAGCCCCUCAGAGUCAGAAAUGACCCUCCACUGGACGCCCCCUGGCCAGCCCAAUGGAGUCCUCAUUGGCUAUCUACUGCAAUACCAACGGAUUGUGGAGAGUGAUGACAGCCCCAUGCAGGUAGAGACAAUAGACGAUCCCACAGUCACCCACCUCACCCUGAAGAGCCUGGACCGCCACAGCCACUACCGCUUCUACCUGAGGGGGCGCACUGCUGCGGGGGACGGGGAGCCCAUCAUGAGGGAGGGUGCCACCACGCUGGAUGGAGCGCCUCCUGCUAACAUCAACCUGUCCGUGGGGGAAAAUGCGGUUAACCUCAGCUGGGUGGUCAAAAAGAGACACAGGAAUGUUAGCUUCCAGAUCCACUACAUCAACAAGAAUGGUGGCAGUGAUUGGAAGAAAUCGGAGAAGGUGAACUCCUCUCAGUCUUUCUACCAGCUCCAAGGCCUCACUCCUGGCUCUCAAUAUCGUCUACUCUUCAUCUACAGCAACACCACCUUCUGGGACACUGACAUUGAGACAGAAGGAACAGGCGUGACAGAGGUGAAGCCAAGCUUUGCAACACAGGGCUGGUUCAUUGGCGUUGUGAGCGCCAUCGUGCUGCUGCUGCUGAUACUACUCAUCCUCUGCUUCAUCAAGAGGAGUAAAGGGGGAAAGUACUCAGUGAAAGAUAAAGAAGAGGGUCCGAUGGACUCGGAGGCACGGCCUAUGAAAGAUGAGACUUUUGGAGAGUACAGAUCUCUAGAAAGUGAUCUUGAGGAGAAACACACGGCCAGCCAGGCGUCCCUGUGCGAGGAGAGCAAGCUGUGCAGCGAGGACAACCUUGACUUCAAUGGCAGCAGUGCCAUGACCACGGAGCUCAACAUGGAUGAGUCUCUGGUCAGCCAGCUCAGUCGGCCCAGCGAGGGCCCGGAGGUGCUCCAUGGCCUGCCAGACAGCUCUCCGCUCAACCCCACCACCGUCUCCUCAGCCACUAACGGCAUGCCCAACUCAGUCACCAUCCUCGAUUAACCCCCCCCCCCACACCCAUCCAUCGGGGACCAUCAGACCAAAACAUGUCAACACAUUCGUGCCCAUAUGCUCUUGUUCCUUACUGACUUGCUGAUCUGUACUCUGACGACUAAUACACAAUCAAUAUAUUGACCAUUCAGAUGCCCUUGGCAGUCAUCUGAGUCGACUGGACUAUUUUGACCAAAGGAGUGUCCAAAGUAGUGGACAACAUGAUACAAGUCUGACUGACCUGAAGAUGUCCUCUGACCCCCUCACCCUCCUUUAUCUGUGUAGUUUACAACAAAUCUAAACGACUAACAUUCAUUUCUCUCCCUUUCUUCUCUUUCUCUUUCUCUUUCUCUCAGCAACCAAUUCUUUAGAAAGAUAAAGACAGAAUACUGGACAGGUAGAAAAUAUCAGAGUCCUAUCGAGACGCAGAGUAGUACACUGAAAGGGGAAGAUGAAGCGUGGGGAAACAGACAGCACAUGCUGCUGUACCAAGUCUCAUAACGUAGAUAUUUAUCAUGUCUUGACUUAUUUCACACAUGAUUUUGUGUGUCUAACGUCAUUUGAUGUCUCAGAUUGUAUGUGCCAGUGACAUUUUUUUUACAUUUUUAUUUUUUUAUGUGUUUGAAAACAACAAAAAAAAAACAUCCUUUUUCAUUGUCGGACAUUUUUAUUUUUAUCAUCAUUUUUUCAUAUUGUGUUCUACACUAUUUAUAUAAAGCUCAUGACUUCUCUUUAUUGACAUAUUUCAUAGAUCAAGAUGUUUUCAUUGAAACUAAGUGAAGCCAAGUUUCUUACUAUAAAUAACAUUGGAUGCAUUAAGGGGAACUUGCUGUGAAGAUGCUGAGUAGCAUCUGGUGUAUAUAGCUGCAUCUACAUCUAUCUAUUUAGCCAUAAUACAGUAUUAUAGAUAUGUACAUGCUCCUUAUAUGUUCCUGUGCCUGCUGGGUCUGCAUAGAGCACCAGAUUGAUGUCAUUACUCUCUCGCCUUCCCACCAGAAGUGUAAUGUCAUUAUUGGAAAUGAUAUUGUAAUUUUUUGUGUCGAGACCUAUGUGUAGCUUUCUGUAUCUGUCUUUGUCUCUUUCUACACUGUAUUAAAAACAUUGUUGUCUCUAAUUAACAAUCUUUUCAUACCUGUUCAUCUCAUACUACGCGAAUUGUUUGAGGAGCAGUAUUUAUGUAUAUUACAGAUUAGAGAGUGGAGUCUUGUGGGCAAACACUCUCUCAAGUUUUAUUUUCAGACCUUCAUCAAUGCAAGUUGA